UUAGACAGUAUAUGUGGAAGAUCAGUGGCACUUAAACUUCUCUGGGUGUCUAAGUGCACCAGUGACACAAUGAACAACAUCUUCGUUUUCGUCAUCACUCUCCUGCUCCCCCUAUUCACUCUGGGGUGUCUAAGGCGCAGGACUAACCAAAGCCCGCUGCUGCCGCCAGGGCCUCCCGCUCUCCCCAUCAUCGGCCACCUCUACCUCUUCAGGGGCCCCCUCCAUCGCCGCCUCACACGCCUCGCCACCCUCUACGGCGCCGUCUUCCGCCUGCGGUUUGGCGCCAAGAACGUCGUCGUCGUGUCCUCCGCCCAAGCCGCCGAGGAGUGUCUCGGCGUGCACGACAUCGUGUUUGCCAACCGGCCGCAGCUGCCGACCGGCAAGAUCCUCUCCUACGACUGGAGCACCAUGGGCACCGCGAGCUACGGGGACUACUGGCGCCACAUCCGCCGCAUCGGCGUCACUGAGCUCCUCUCAGUGCACCGGGUGCAGCAGUACGCCGACGUCCACACGCGGAUGGCGAGGUCCAUGGCGCGACGCCUCUACCGCUCGGCGGCCGGUGGUCGCGCGCGGGUUGAGCUCAAGUCGCGGCUCUUCGAGAUGCUCAUGAACGUAAUGACGAGCAUGAUAUGCGCGAGGACAUACUAUGGGACCGAUGGCGAGGAGAUAUUGGAGGUGACAGAUGAGGUCCAGUGGUUUAGGACGAUGGUGGAGGAGACGAUGACACUUAUUGGUGCGUCAACGGUGUGGGACUACAUACCAACACUGGUGCGGUGGCUGGACAUCGGCGGGUUCGGGAGACGGUUGUGGCGGCUCCGAGAGAGUAGAACAAAGUUCGUGCAGGGACUUAUCGAGGAUGAGAGAAAGAAGAUGGAGGAUGGCACGACAACAGGGAGGACGAUGAUUGGGGCACUGUUGUCCGUGCAACACAAGGACCCAGAGGAUUGCCCUGACCAGCUUAUCCGAGCUUUGUGCAUCAGCGCCCUCGAAGCUGGAUCAUCUACUUCUGCAGAUACAGUUGAGUGGGCGAUGUCCCUCAUGCUGAAUAACCCUAAGGUGAUGGUCAAAGUUCGUGAUGAGAUUGAUUCCUACAUAGGGAAACCAAUACGCCUAAUUGAGGCGUCCGAUCUCCUAAAGUUGCAAUACUUUCGUUGCAUAAUCAUGGAGACGCUUCGUUUACAUCCACCAACACCACUUCUUGUUCCUCAUGAAUCUUCUAUUGACUGCACCGUCAGUGGAUUUUAUAUUCCCAAGGGGACAAUGCUUCUUGUGAACACAUCUGCAAUACAUAGGGACCCUAAGAUAUGGGAUAAACCAACAAACUUUAUUCCAGAAAGGUUUGAGGGUGAAAAGUGUGAAGGUAAUAUGGCUAUGCCAUUUGGUAUGGGCAGGCGACGAUGCCCAGCAGAGAAUUUGCGUAUGCAGAUGGUAGGCCUUGCUCUGGGAACUAUGAUCCAAUGUUUCGAAUGAGAAAGAGUGGGGGAGGAGCUUGUGGACAUGACCGACGGCUUUGGCCUAACUGCUCCGAGGGCAGUGCCCUUGGAGGCCUUCUAUAAACCCCGUCAAUCUAUGGUGACUCUUCUUUCGGAGAUAUAGUAUUAUUGUCGAACACAUGGCUGUUCUUUUGUUGCUUUGUGUUGUAUGGUCAUCGUCAGCAAAAUAUUGUGUGGACAUGUGACAAUAUUAUCCAUGUCUCUAUGUGUAAAAACUAUGUGCUCCAGUUUUCUAGCUAUUCACCACCUGUGAGUGGAGCAUCGACCAUGCACUCCGUUGAUGCUUGAAUGCCACCAUAUAACUUAAA